GAGUACAGAACUAAACGUAUAAACGUAAUUUUUACAACAAAACUAUACCAACGAAAAGUCUAUCUUCGUUGGUAGAACGUAGAUGCUUCUGGUAGUCGAAGUAAUUGUAAACAUUUAAUCAAUUUAUACUUAAUAUUGUCGCCAGAACAUCGACGCUUUUGUACGAUUUACACUAUAUUCUCAUAACUAUUAUCAAGUCACAAUCCUGACAAAACGUACAGUGAUGUAUUCGUAUUUACAUUUUGAAGUAACAUAACCUAAACCACAACGUCAAUAGUGAUACACAUAUUAAUCAAAGAUUGCAUUUAUCAAACGUAAUGUACGUCAACAAUAUUGCUGAAGAAAAAAGCAUUUUAACUCUAUUUUUAUAUGAAUAUAAGUGUUUGGAAAGUAUACCAAAGUUUGAGAAUCAAACUUGAAAAUAAGUUGUCGAAGCAUGUCCAUUUGGACAAGUAUUUUCAGAUACUUUCGUCGACGAUUAUUAUUUGGACUGAUUUUUGCUCUUUUAUUUAUAUACUGUGUACUUAGUUUAUUCCGUAAUGAGAAAAAAGGACUGACUUUUGGAAAUGAUUUUGAUGAUAUGGAUAACAUGAUCAUUGGAGAAAACAGCGAUGAUAUUUUUAAUGAUGAAGAUGGGGAUGAAGAGAUUGUCAAAUCUCCUGGUAAGCCAUUGCUAUGGCAAAUGGAAGUGAUGAAUGAUGUAGGAAAUGCCAACUCAGUAGAAUUCGCUAAUAUUGACAGUUACGGUGAAAAUGAAACUUCUUCAAAACCUUGUCGUAAUUCAGUUCAAGGCAAAUUACUAAUUGUUGAUGAGAAAGGCUAUGUGUGCUCUCGGCAUGAAGUACUAUCAAAUGGCUGUUGCAGCUUGGAAGCUUCAGAUCAGAGAACUAUAUCCAGUUCAGUGCCUUCUUCAAAAAAAACUAGAUACAGUUGUAAAACAUGCAGUCCUCAAGGUUGCUGUACAAUCUACGAAUAUUGCGUCUCCUGUUGUCUGGACCCAAACAAGGUAAAAAAGAGGAAGAGUUUCACCAUUGAUCAAAUACGUAAAGAAAAUUUGAAACUAAGACGAGGUGAGGACAUCUUGAAGUUACGGCUGCGAAGUCUCGAUCGCUUUCAGUUGUGUCUAGCGGCAUGCCGUACUUCCAGUGCUAGCGUGCAGCACGAAAAUACGUACAAAAAUCCAUUAUACAAACACUGUUACAUUCUUCAACUUCCCAGUAAUCAUUUAACGCAAAGACAUAAAAGAAACUCGAUAUCGCUUAAUAAUAAUGAUAACGAUCUCAGGAUCGCUUUUACAUCUUCUUCUGCAGUAGAAUUACUUUACCUGCAUCUCCUACUUCACGAAUAUUCCAAAUCUAACGAAUCCACUGUAUGCGUGUAUCCGAACUUGUUUCAAAUUAAAGCUAACGUACGUUGUUCAAUUUAGACGAUAGACCCCAGAAAAGCAAUAUUUAAGCAUUUUUCAAAACGUUUUAUAGAGAAGAUUGUAUACCUCUCAUAAGCAUUGACCGGAGCUUCCAAAUGUCGAUAAAGUUUAUGUCCGAAGAGCUAGGAAAACGGCGUCUAAAUAUUUCUAAAACUUCCUCUUCGAUGAGCUGUUGGACGGUACCUUCGACCUAUAAAGUAACAAAUAACCGUUACUAUCUUACUUCAUGUAAAACGGAAAUGUCGAAAUGACAAAACUUUUUCUUUACUAUACAACAUGAUUUAGUUUUAUUUAAAAGAAAAGUAUAGCUGCUAUCGAAAGUGAAGAACUUCACCUUUAUAUAUUCAACGUCAGCAGAAGCAUAGUGACAGGAAAUCGCUUUCCUCGUUCGAGUAGAGACAUUUUUCCAAGAGCCGUGUAUUAACAAUGGAUGGAAGAAGACGGUGUCUCCGGGUUCCAUCUCGACGUCCACCCAAUUUAUUGACUCCGGCAAAUCCUAGAAUACGGGGCAUAUUGUCAAGUCUUAUUAUUCUUACAGAUGAAAGAGAAAGACAGCUGAGAAUAUCCUUGACUAUUUCGAUAAAAAUUGCUUUGAAAUUA